UAUUUCGGAAGUGACGUUCCAGGGACUCAGAACCAGUCACAACGUGUGUUGCUUUAUUGCAAAACAACACGGAAGGAGUUUUGUUGUGCUGUACAUUAAGUAUAUUCAUCUUGUCUUUUUGGUGUCAAGAGUCAAGGAACCGUUCCAAAGUCAUGUGCAUGUGCUACUGAACCAAGAUAGAAACGUUGGCCCUGGUGGCCUGGUGUCUGUCCUCCUGGAUUGCAGCUGCGGAGUUGAGGAGGGGUCUUCGUGACUGCCUCUUGCUCCUGUGCAGUGCUCGAGUGUAAGGUGCGGUGGUGGCAGUGGCAGUAUGAAAUGGGGAACUGCUGCAGUAGUUGUUUGGGGCUGUUCAGGAAGCAGACGAACCGGAUUCAAAGAGGAGGAGGAUCCAAAUAUUUUAGAACCAGCUCUGGUGGAGAACACUAUACUAUAGAAUUUGAGAAUCUCGUAGAAAGUGAUGAGGGUGAAAGUCCAGGAAGUAAUCAAAGGCCUCUUAGUGAAGAAGAAAUUUCAGCUCUAAAAGAAAGACGCUAUGAUAGUAUUGCAGAGAACCAAAAACUGGCUGAUGCAAAACUGCAAACAGAGUUAGCAGCAGAAGAGGAGAAGUUAAAGAUAGAAGAAGAGGCAUUUUAUGCUGCACAGCGGGAAGCAGCCAGGGCAGCAAAGCAAAGAAAAAUCUUGGAGCAGCAGAGAUUGCAGAGGAUAAAGCAACGGACAUUUGCAAGCGGCAAAGGAGAGUUUAUCAACAGCUCAGGUACAGAAGACUUUGAAUCCUAUAUACAAGCUGUCAAGUCGCAGUCUGAAGCCUUCCGUAGCAGCCGAAUUUCUUCAGAAUCAGCUGUUCUUACACCAAAUACAGAAAGUAGUUGUGAUUUGACUACCAAGACCAAAUCAGCUAGUGGCAAUGAAGACAGCACGUCUCUUGAUUUGGAAUGGGAAGAUGAAGAAGGCAUGAGCAGGAUGGUCCCACUGAGAGAACGCUCCAAGACAGAAGAAGAUAUCCUUCAAGCAGCUCUGCGUCCUAGCAACAAGAGCAGAGGAAGCAAUGCAGCAUCUGCUUCGGAAGAUUCCAAUGGACUGGAAUGGGAAAAUGACUUUGUCGGUGCUGAAGUUGAUGACAAUGGCAACUCUGAGUAUGCAGGAUUUGUGAACCCAGUUCUAGAAAUGUCAACCCCUGACCUUAAAUCAGAUAGUGACCAACAAGACAGAUAGUGGAAUUAGGAUGUUUUUUAAUUGACCAAAAUUUGCAAGAAUGGACAAGUCCUAUUUGAGAACAUUUUUUACCCUUACUCAGAAGAAAUUAAACAUGUAUAAACAGCAGAGGUGAGCAGCAGGCAUGAGUUGGUACUGCCGAAAUUAACUCUAAUCUAAGUGCAAUUUCACAAUUUGAUACAAUUUUAAAAUCAUUAAUGUGGCUUAGGGAAAUGUUGUAGCCUUAAAUUCAUAUUCUUAAGUUAUGAAAACAUUGUAUACAUUCCUAUAUUUAUUUCUCUGUUCAACAUUGUGCAGUUGUAAUGGUUGCAUGAUAUUUAUUAUGCAUUGUUUAUCUUUAAGUUUGGAAAACAGAUUCAAGUGUUUAUCCUUUCUUUAUUCUCCUAAGGUAAUGACUUUUAUAUUUUCCGUAAGAUUUAACAUGUUGAAUUGACCAGACACUGGGUAAUUUUGUUCAGAGCCUGGUAAUUGAAAUGUGAAUGCAAUAUAGGCUGUAUUUUUACAUGUUAAGCUUGAUUUGCAUUAGUAUUGUAUUAGUCUAACAGUACAUUCACCUUGUUGGGAAUCUGAAGCUCUGUUUUACACAGGACAUAUUAAAAUGCCUUAUCUAGGCCAGUUGCAUGAAACGCGUACUGUCUAGUUACCCACACUGGAUUGGGACUUGUGUGUGAAAAAGUUUACAUAUUUUGUUCAUUUUUUAUGCUCUUUCAGAUAUUUGAUUUACAAUGAUCUUUGGGAAAGCAACUCCUAAAUGCAACUGCAAAUGAAAUUCAUAUCUAUGGUUAAGGAACAUGGAUAUGAAAUUUCAGUAUAAAUUAUUUAGUUAUUAAAAGGUAGCUGAGCAUACUGCAUUCUUUAAGUGCAUUACAAUGUCAGUAUUUGUUCCAUCUUGUUUUCACUUAAAAUUUUCUUUUUUGCCAUAUAACCCACCAAAGUCAUUAUUUAAUUUCUGAAAGUGUGUGUACUUUUUGAGGCUUAUGGACACCACUGCUUGUCAAAAAAAAAAAAAAGAAUCUGUUCACUUUGGGCAUUGCAGCAUUUACUAACAGAAUUUGUUUCCUUUCGUCAUUCAGAAAUAUUAAGGAAACACUGGUAAUUUGAGACUGCAUCUGUAAAUAUUACAGAACAGUUGUGAAAUGUUAACCCAUCAAAAAUAUCUUAAAAGGUGUAAAUUAUACUGGUGACAGUGGUCUGUCUCAUUUUUAUUGGAAUCUUCAGUGCCAUCACUGAAAAUGUUAGGUUUUAUACUAAAAAUCUAAAUGAAGGAUGUACACUGUUUAAUUAAAAACAGCUGAUUCUUGGAAAGUA